AUGGUCAAACAGAUCUUUAUUGUGCGACACACCACUCGUCAGGACACGGUUCAGAGCAACUGGGCCGAAACGGCUGAAUAUGGAUACAAUCCUCCAUUGGCUGAUCUCGGACACUCGCAGGCCACAGAGGCGGGUCGCUACAUCCGUUCCUUAAUGCAUCAACAGCCCACACGGGUCAUGGUCCACACGUCGCCAUUUCUACGAUGUGUGCAAACAGCAGCCCAUAUUGCGGAGGAAUUGAUUGGAUGCAAUCCCAAGAUUCGAAUGGACGCGGCUCUAGGCGAAUGGCUGACGCCCGACUACUUUGCCAACUCGAGCCCUCCUCCAGACGACAACCAUGCCGACUUGGCCAACCAGGCUGUGUCUGCGCUGCAACGACAAAGUAAGUUACGACUGGUGGAGAACGGAUGGAACAUUACCUGUCUCGGAGACUCGGGCUCCAUGCGCGAGUUCUGGUCGGAAAUGCAUCUGCGAUUCGAGCAUUAUCUCAAACGUCUGAAUGGCUUCUACUCUAAACACAACCGCAAGAUUGAGACGCUCAUCAUCGUCACCCACGGCGCCGGAGUGUCUUCUCUGCUGACCCAUUUCUGCGGCGAGCCCGUGCUCAGCGAAAUCCGGCUCGGCAGCAUUUCUCUCGUGUCACGCGACGAGGAGGCUGACGAGGCCGGCUCGUUUGCCAGUGCCGGCAACAAUUCAAAGGACUCCGGGUCCCGAUCACGUGCGGGGUCCAUCACCAACUGGGCGUGGCUGGGCCCCGAUCAGGUGGAGGAGAAGUUUAGCAUUGGCUCUUGGCAGCUGGACCUCCUGAACGUUGCAGCCGGCACGACAGGUGCAGCUCACAACGGCAGUGUUCCUGGCAGGUCCAAUGUUGAUGGCUUGGCGCCCCCGGGCAGCGACAUGUCCAUGAAGCGUCGAACCUCUUCGCCAGCCAUGUUUAUGCUCAACACCACUUUCCUCGGCUCGGCUCCCCCCUCAACACGUACUUCGCGAGCCUCUUCUCUUUUGCGACCUAGCGGCCCUCCUCAGAUUUUGUCGGUGCCCGAAGGAGUAGUUACUGGAGACAGCGCGUCGCAAAAGGCUUGGGUUGCUGCUACUACAGAUUCUACUAGUGCUGCGGCUUCUUCUGCUGCGGCUUCUUCUGCGACCGCCUCUGCUGCCGUUUCGUCUCCUGCAGCCGCUCGCACUAGCGGUGGGUCGCAGUUGACGCCUUCGGCUUCCGUGCCGGCAAUGCUCGACGUUGAAAGCGGCAGCAGAAGACAGGAGCCGUCUACCAUUAGUGGUUCUGCCUCUAGAGCCCCGGAGUCGUCAGACGCCCCUUCUACGCCGCCCAGCGAGUCUCCCGAAGGCUCGCCCACCACGUCUCCUCAGUUCUCGUCGGGCACGUGGCUGCUAGGCUCCAACCGUUGGUGA